AUGUUGCCUCCAGAGGUACCAACGACAGACCCAAUUGGUAUACCCGAGAGCCGAGAUGAGGAUAACUCUUCGGCUUCCUCGUUGUCAUCCACAGGCACACUGGUCCCGUCCCCAACAAGGCAUCUAUUCGCUCGAACAAGAAAUCCACAGUCAACUCAAUCACUGGAUUGGACGGACUUCUUUGACCAGGAGCUAUUCUUACCUCAGGAAGGAGAUAAGGUUCAUAUCAUCCAUCAUGUUUACCUGACUCCGCCGAGUCACUCGGGUCCACUUUUCGUGAUGCAUCACGGCGCAGGGUCCUCUGGCCUCUCAUUCGCGACAUGCGCGGGGGAGAUCCGGAAAAUCCUUCCGAAUGCUGGAGUCCUAUCCAUUGAUGCGAGAGGACAUGGCCGUACACUGAUGACCGCUAAUCUCGCAGAUCUUGAUAAUCAAAAUCCUUCCAUCGCUACAGCUGCCCAGGAUGAAGCUGAUGGUCAGAUUGAGCUGGACUUGAGUCUUCAAACCUUGAGCAAGGACCUCGUUCAUGCGAUUCGCAAGACCCAAGAGCGAAUGAAAUGGGAACAACUGCCAGAGAUUGUCCUUGUGGGUCACAGUCUUGGCGGUGCUGUCAUUACCGAUGUCGCAAAGAAUGGUGAACUGGGCUCUAAAGUUUUAGCGCAUGCGGUGUUGGAUGUUGUUGAGGGCUCUGCUAUGGAUGCCCUCCAAAGCAUGGAAAAAUACCUCCUUACACGGCCAACCCGAUUUCCCUCACUGGAGUCAGGAAUUGAAUGGCACACGCGAUCCCGGACGAUUCGAAACUCCGCCUCAGCUCGGGCUUCCGUCCCUUCUUUGAUAUAUGAAGAAGGCCACCCUGCUGAUCCCUCCAGGCCUUGGGUCUGGCGCACCAAUCUAUCCGCAACCAAACCGUUCUGGGAAAAUUGGUUUAUUGGCCUGAGCAAGAAGUUUCUCGACGCGCGGGGAGGAAAGCUCUUACUCCUGGCAGGGACAGAUAGGCUUGAUAAAGAACUCAUGAUCGGACAGAUGCAAGGAAAAUACCAACUCCAAGUCUUCCCUGAAGCAGGCCACUUUGUGCAAGAGGAUCAACCGGCCAAGACGGCGCAGGUACUGGCGGACUUCUAUAAACGAAAUGAUCGCAGUGCCCUGGUGCUGCCGCCAAAGGUAGCAGAUAUGCAAGCCGCCGCUGCGAUGAAGAAAGGGACCGGCGCUUCCAUCAAUAGACAAUUUAAGUAG